UCUGGCGGUGGGAUCUGGCCGCGAGCCCCGCGGCGGACGGCGAGGUGCUCGGUCAUGGGCUUCCAGCCGGGCCCCGCGCUGCUGGCCUCCCUGGGCGUGGGGCUGCUGACUGUGCUCGGCCUGGCCCUGGGCUCCUACCUGGCCCGGAGGUCCCGCCGGCCGAAGGUCACUCUGCUGGACCCCGAUGAGAAGUACCUGCUGCGACUGCUGGACAGGACGACCGUGAGCCACAACACCAAGAGGUUCCGCUUCGCCCUGCCCAGCGCCCACCACGUCCUGGGGCUGCCCGUGGGCAAACACGUCUACCUGUCUGCCCGGAUCGACGGCAGCCUGGUCAUCAGGCCGUACACGCCUGUCACGAGUGACGAGGACCUAGGCUACGUGGACCUUGUCAUCAAGGUCUACAUGAAGGGCGUACACCCCAAAUUUCCUGACGGAGGGAAGAUGUCUCAGUACCUGAACAGCCUGAAGAUUGGGGACGUGGUGGAGUUCCGAGGGCCCAGCGGGCUGCUCACUUACACGGGGAGAGGGAAUUUCAACAUUCAGCCCAACAAAAAAUCUCCGCCAGAACCCCAAGUGGCGAAGAAACUGGGAAUGAUUGCCGGCGGAACAGGAAUCACCCCGAUGCUACAGCUGAUCCGGGCCAUCCUGAAAGACCCUGGAGAUCCAACCCAGUGCUCUCUGCUUUUUGCCAACCAGACCGAAAAGGACUUAAUCUUGCGGGAGGACCUGGAGGAGCUGCAGGCCCGAUAUCCCAAUCGCUUCAAGCUCUGGUUCACUCUGGAUCACCCCCCAGAAGACUGGGCCUACAGUAAGGGCUUCGUGACUGCUGACAUGAUCCGGGAGCACCUGCCCGCCCCAGGGGAUGACGUGCUGCUGCUGCUCUGUGGGCCACCCCCAAUGGUGCAGCUGGCCUGCCAUCCCAACUUGGACAAACUGGGCUACUCACAAAAGAUGCGAUUCACCUACUGAGCAUCCUGCUUGAGGUCCUGUUUCCCUGCAGUUAUCCUCAGACAGGACUCAUGCUAUAAGCCCUAGAUUCCUUUCCUGACAGUAUCAGCCUUUUUGUCUUAACUCUGGAGCCCAAAUGUGGAUGACACCCGCAGGAACAAAACCCAUGUAGCCAUGGAAGAGGGCGGAGGCUGAAUUGCUCUCUGGAAGCCCCACCCCCACAGCCCUAAUCUCCCUGUGAUUGAAGGUCCAGCUCAGGCCCAUGGAGCAGUUUCUUCCACGGAUCAGAAAGACGGAAGCACGUACAUUCGUUCCAUGGUAGCAUCACAGUGUGUGUGUGUGUGUGUGUGUGACGAAAGGAACAAUCUGCGUAAUGGGUUUUCCUUAAUAUUUGGUGCUUAACCCAAGCAGAUUCUGCACGUGCGAGUGUACAUGGAGCAGCCUUACAGACACGGUCUCAUAGAGAUUGAGGAAGGGAGAAAAUGAUUUCUUUAGACCCCAGAGAAGGGAAUCUGAAAUAUGUAUUUGUGUGUGUGUCUCUCCCUGCCCCUGCCCAGGCUGGAAGGAGACGACUACCCACAGUCUAAGAACGUGCCUGCGGCAGAAACCUCUGGCUAUGCAAAUAAAUGGGGCUCAGGCCCCUGUGUUGUACCUAA